GGAAUAUGGUCUAAUCAUGGGCAAUCUCAGUCUUUGCGGCAAUGUGGCGGAUAAUGUGUUUCUGCCCUUUGUGGGGGACUGCAAUAAGUACUACCUCUGUCGUUCUGGCCAAGCCAUAGAACUGCAGUGCGAAUGGCCGUACCAAUUUAAUGCCAAUACCCAGAGUUGUGUAAGUUUCGGGCAGGCUGAAUGUUUGCCUACCUGCGAGGCCUAUACUUUCAGCACCUUUAGUUAUCACAGAACCUGUACCAAGUACGUCCUCUGCUACUACGGACAUCCUGUUUUAAGGGAAUGCCAGGAUGGUCUCCAAUACAACUCUCAAACAGAUCGCUGCGAUUUCGCCCAGAAGGUGGACUGUGUGGAGUCCGAGUGUUCCAUUUACUAUAAUGCCUAUCACCUACGUUAUGUGCCCAGUAAAGUCUCCUGCGAGAAGUAUUUUCUCUGCGGCAACGGAGUCCCUAGGGAGCAGACCUGUACUCCUGGACUGUAUUUCAGUACCAAGUGUGAUUGCUGCGAUAUUCCCUCGAAAUCGGAUGGCCAGAUCCCUGCUGAACAGAGGAAGGUACGGCAGUUCUCCCGCCUUUCACCCAGAACCACUGAAGGAAUUUGUCCUCCCUCCGGCGUCCACUUUUAUGCCCACGACUCUCGCCAAGAUGCCUAUUACUAUUGCGUGGAUGGACAUGGUCUGGUUCUGGACUGUACGCCUGGCCUUUGGUAUGAUCCCAAGGUCCAGGAAUGCCGUGAACCGCAAAACAUAGGACUUUAG